CUUGCCGCUUCGACCGGUGUUUUCAAUCAGUGGUCGUCGCCGCUGAGGGAUCCAUCACCACUGGAAUUCCCGCCGCCGCCUCCGCCAUUUAUCGCCCGAUGGAACAGUGAAGCUCUUCGUGUCUAUUUCGUCAUCGCCGUCGUCAUCGGUCAGUCGCUUUCGCUGCCGUCGUCAGAGUUGCGAAAUGAGCGGAGAAUGUAGUCUUCUGGACAGUGAGGAUACUGGGAUGGCGCAUUCCGAGCGAACAAACAACCCAUGGAUGAACUUGGAUCAGUCUUCGAGCAUUUUAGUUGACAAUCACAACUUGCUGGUGUUGGAAUCACCGGUCUAUGGUAGAGAGAUUAAGGAAUUUUCUGGUGCACAGGACCGGCAUUCGAGUGGUGCAUCAGAAGGAAAAUUAGGUUUUGCAGAGAGAGCAUUUUCUGCAGCCGGUGCAGCAUUUUUAUCGGCCAUAAUUGUCAACCCUCUCGAUGUUGCCAAGACAAGGUUGCAGGCACAAGCUGCUGGGGUUCCUUAUUCCCAUCCUUUGAGUAAUGUCACAAGUCGCAUGGCAUUUUUCGGGCCAAAUAUGAUGUUUGCGGAUCUGAGAUGUUCUCCGUCUUGCACACGUGCUGGAAUGCACGGCACGGUGUCAAUAUGUCCUCCAGAUUGUUUUCAAUACAAAGGGACUCUUGAUGUCUGGUACAAAAUAAUUCGACAGGAAGGAUUUUCAAGGCUGUGGCGAGGCACCAAUGCAGGCCUUGCAUUGGCUGUACCGACAGUGGGAAUAUACUUGCCAUGCUAUGAUAUAUUCCGUAAUUUAUUAGAAGAUCGUACUGCCCUGCUCGCACCUAGCUUGACGCCCUAUGUUCCUUUACUUGCGGGGUCACUAGCUCGCUCUUUAGCUUGUGCAAGUUGCUACCCCAUUGAACUGGCCAGAACUCGCAUGCAGGCUUUCAAGGCGACAGAAACUGGCAAGAAGCCUGCUGGGGUAUUGAGAACUCUAUUUGAAGUAGUGUCUCAUGUCAGAGGCACAAGUAAUGUGCCGAACAGUCUGCAAAACUACCGUGUUCUGUGGACGGGCAUGGGAGCACAGCUUGCUCGUGAUGUUCCUUUUUCAGCAAUCUGUUGGUCAACACUCGAACCUAUUAGGAGAAAACUGCUUAGGACCAUUGGUGAUGAAGCUAGUGCAGUUGCCGUCCUUGGAGCUAAUUUUUCUGCUGGAUUUGUAGCAGGAAGUCUUGCUGCAGCUGCUACAUGUCCUUUUGACGUAGCCAAAACAAGAAGGCAAAUAGAGAAGGAUCCAAUAAGGGCAUUGAAAAUGACAACAAGGCAGACUUUAUUGGAGAUUUGGAGGGAUGGAGGCUUGAAGGGACUCUUCACUGGAGCUGGUCCCCGUGUUGGCCGUGCAGGGCCUUCUGUAGGCAUUGUGGUAUCGUUCUACGAAGUUGCGAAGCAUGUCCUGCACACCCAGUAUGCAACCUCAUGAUUGGGCUAAUAGAAGCCUGAUUUUCCGUCUUCUUGAGGUGUGACCACCAAUGGAAGCAUCACGUUCUGACUCGAUUGAGAAACAUUGACGUCAUACAGAAUGCUGACCUCUUUGCGAUAUAAAAGGAAGGCUGACAGAAAUAAGUAGAGUUCUCAUCUUUCUUUUCUUUUCUUUUCUUCUAGGUGUUGCAGCCAAAGUACAGCUUUUUUACUCUUUCCUCACAAUGGAUGUUCGUUCCAUUGAAUAUUCAAUGCUCACAAAUGAGCAGAAAUUUUGUAGACUGUUGAUAUUUUGAGCACUUUUUUGGUUGGUCACCCUCAAGCUUAAUUUAAUCAUAUCCCCAGUCUUCACAGAA